UCUUCUUCUUCAUCUUCUUAGAGCCUAACCCAUUUGUGCAAUGCAGACCCUUCACUUCAAAACCCAACCUUUCCUCUCUAUUCCCUCUUCUUUCUUCAUAAACCCCAUUUCUAAAACCCACAAUCUGCUAAAAAGCUCAGUCUUUGCUUCAAGAUCUCACCUUUUUCGAGCUUCACUCUCACUCUCUGAUCGAACCCAGACCCAGAAACCCAUUGUGAAUUCAAGGAAGAACAGAAGAGCAAAUGGGUCUGUGAAAUUGCAGAGAUUCUUGCUCCGAUUGGUACCCAUUAUCGCAUCAAGCCUCAAGCUUUUACCUCAGCCGUUGGAUUUGGUUCUUGAAGAAAUCGGCGGUGGAGGUGGUGGGCGAGGUGGGUUGGGGUUUUGGAAGAGCUUUGGGGGUGGAGGGUUUGAUGGGUUUAGGAGCAAAAGGAAGAGGAAAUUGCUGUUGUUGUUUUUGUUUUAUGGGGUUUUGGUGAGUUGUGGUUAUGGGUUGUUGUUUGGGGGGGAUUUGGAGAGCAAUGUGCUUUGGUUUGGGUUGUGUUUUGGGGCUGUUGGGGUUGGUUUGGUUCAUUGGUGGGAGAUGAGAGGUCUUUUUGGGGCUUUUGUUUGGGGUGUUUUGGUAGGUUCAGGGUUUAAGAGAAAGGAUUUGAGAGAUUGGGGAUUGAAGCUUAGGCCUAUGAUGGAGAAUGUGACUUUGAGAAGUAAAAGAAGUGGAAGAAGAGCAUUCUAAAAGAGAAAGCAGCAUCAAAAUGUUUUGAUCUUCUUUACUAUAUAUGAUAUAGCAUUGUAAUCCAUAUUCAAUUUGUUGACAUGUAUUCCUUCAGUGAAAGAUUUUCAAUUUGGGUAUAUAUAGUUUUUAAUUUCUAUAGAAGGCUCAGUGUGUG